UACUAGGUUUGAUUUUUUAGUGUAAAAAUAUGGUUUUUCGUUAAAGUGAACAGUAUCGUUAGCUUUUCGUUAAAACUCUCAAAAUAACACAAAAAAUGGGACCUAUCCCACUCAAAGCACUGUCGUUUCCAAAGUUAGACGACUUGUCGUUCAUUAAUUUGUCAAAGAUCCAAUGGGUUUGAAGAAGUUGCAGAAGCAGCAGAAGAAGCUGAAACAAGAAGCAAUCUGGGAAUGGAUGAAGAAGCUGAGAUGGGCAAUGGACGGCAGCUUCUGGGACCUCGACAUGUCGACACCGAGGACCCUCGACGGACUGGUCCGGCCGGUUCCCGGCGAUCCACUUCCUCUGGGCCUCACCCGUGGCGCCAAGCUCUCCAGGCCCAACCAAAUCGACUUCAUGCAGCGGUUCAUGCCCUCCCCCUUGGUCCCUUCCUACGCCCCCGCCAACGGCUUCACUCUCCAGCGAGUCCUCACCCUACCCAUUGGCGACAAUUGGUUCGGGACGUUUCUGGGUCAGUUCAAUGUGCAGCGGUUCAUCUCCGCCGUGAAAAAGAGCGGGAAGGAGGCGCCGCCGGACUCUGUAUCUUCGUGGAUGCAAAGCAUUGGAACCCACCUGCGUGAGAAGUCGUUGUACGCCCUUUCUUUCUGCUCUGAGUUUUGGCUAACACCCGAUGACACAUUGGUUUUGAGUGUGGACGGUUAUGGCGAUGACAAGAAGCCCCGAAAGAAAGCACUUUUUCAGCACAAGUUUCCUCAUCAUAAUUUGACAGUGGAGGCAGUUUGGCCCGGACUUUUCGUUGACAAACCCGGAAACUAUUGGGAUGUGCCAUUCUCAAUGUCACUUGAUCUGGCUUCGGUUGCUUCUGACUCCGGUGCCAGUUAUCAUGUAUGUGCACGUCAUAAUUCAGGGACUCCUGACCGGUUUGACGGUGGUCAGAGCGAUGGAGUUCCUGCUACUCUGCUUCCUGGUUUGUCUGUCACAAGUGCAUUUUCCUUUAAGAAGAACUUUGAGCUUUGGAGGAGUCAUGCUCAGAAGUUGAGAAUGGUCCAACCAUUUGAUAUAUUCCUUUCGAAUCCUCAUGUUUCGGCUUCAGGGAUUAUUGGUCCACUGCAUUUGCAGAAUUAUACAGGUAGUUGAUAAGGAAGGACUAGGGAAGGGAGAAGAUGAUGAGGUUUUCUAUAAGAACUAGUUAACACCCUUUUGCUUAUAUAAAGGAGGAACGCUUUUUCCGGAACUUAUUAGGAAAGAAACACUCAGUUGUAGCAUUAAUAAUAAAAAUGUUUGCUCGUAAAUUGGGAUCAGGUAGUCCUGUGUGCUUUGCCAUCGAAUGCAAUUUUUGUCAGAUUUGUCUACCGGCAUGUACUCUUACGGUGCAGAGUAGGGGAUGAUUGUGUGCAGAAGUUGCAGUAUAAUUUUGCUUAUGUUCGUUAUUAACAACAACAACAACAACAACAAAGCCUUUUCCCACUAAGUGGGGUCGGCUAUAUGAAUCCUAGAACGCCAUUGCGCUCGGUUUUGUGUCAUGUCAUCCGUUAGAUCCAAGUACUCU